GCCUAAGCCCGGAAGCCCGAAAUCCGAAGACCGAAACUUGAACUUUGAAGCUGGAAUAUGAAACUACCGGCAGUACCGGUCAAUUUUUAGUACAUCUGUUAGAUCGUUAAAGAGUUAAAUAAAAGGCGUUCUAACUUCUAGGCUGAUUGCUGCUAGCUGUACUCAGGUUUCCGACGGAAAGUGGAAACUAUUCUAGUUAAAUUAUUUUUGUUUCGACCAUGGCAGAAUUUGAAUCUGAUAAAUGUAAGGUUUGUGGUCUUGUUGAUGGAUAUUACGAUGAAAACUCCUCUGUUCACCACAAUAAUACUCCAAAACAUGUCGCAAAUUUAAUAUUGGAACGUUACAAAAGCAAUAAAUUGUUUUUUUCAAGCAAUAGGGAUGGAGUCAUUAUCCUGUGUUCAGCUGAAAGAUUUCCAAUAGAUGAUAGUAAAUCCAAUCCAAUAGAUAAAACCGAUCAUCACAAGAUUUGGAUAUAUGUAAAGCCAAAUGAAAAAGUCAAGUUUUCUUUUUCAAUACAAAAUGUUUUGAAAGAUCAUAAUUUGGUAGUUGUGGGUAUUCAUCUAGCACACCCCCAACAGCAGUUUGUUCUAAACAACAACCCAUACAAAUUUGGAGGUGAACCUCAUAUUUUAGAGAAAAAAUCAUUUUUGAGCGGGGAUGUUUACUGCGAAUUUAUGGCAGAAGAUAUUGGACAAUAUGAGAUGCCGAUCGUGUUCACGUUUCAAAGACAAGACUUGAAGAAAAAUCUAAUAGUAAUUCGUGAAAUGGUUGUUUCGGUACAAGAAAAAUAUGAAAAAAUUCCAUUUAUCAAAAGUCCCUACACUUCCGAGGAUUGGGAUAAAUCUAAACAAAUUAUUCGGACGGAUGAAUCCAAAUCUGUUGACCACUACAAUGUCCCAAAACUUUUAAAAAUACUCGUAGCGCGAGGUCUCGAUGGACAAUCUUUCGAGGACCUAAAGUUGAAGCCUGAAGAAAUUCUAGAAUUGACAACAACACGGCUCGAAAUAAGGAACAUCUUCGAAAUUGGACCAACCCAAGAAAAUUACAAAAAAUAUUUUCACAAUCUGCUUUAUUGGGAAGAAGUUAUUGCAAGGAUUAAUUUAAGGAAAUUCAACAUGUCUGAAGUAAAAUUGGAAACCCGCGGUGACUAUUAUUAUACUUUGCAAGUUCCUGGUCUUGCAGAAAAACGACCAUCACUCUUGCGAGGUGAUUUUCUAUUUAUUCGUCCGAAUGAAGACAAAGACAUCAUAUUCGAGGGCAAAAUAAAAGAUAUAGAAGAUAGCUUGAUUGUCAUUUCCGGAGUUGACCAAAGAUUGAUGAAGUAUUAUAGUCCCACGGCGACCUUCUCUGUGCGCUUUAUAAUGUCCCGCAUGGCGUUUGAGCGCAUGCACCGCGCGGCCGAAGUAUACGCUUUUAAACACACACAUCUGAUCUUUCCUACUCCGCCCAAUAUCCCCUUCCGAGUUAAAAAAAUUAACAAGUUUUACAACGGGCGGGUCGCAGUCAACGCGGAGCAGGUGCUCGCGGUGGAGCGCAUCGUGAGCCGGCCGCUCGGCGCCGCGCCCUACAUCGUGUUCGGCCCGCCAGGCACCGGCAAAACUAUGACCAUCGUUGAAGCCAUCGUACAGUUGGUGGCCGCGAGCCCGAAGAACCGUGUGAUGGUGUGCACGCACAGCAACAUGGCGGCCGACCACGUGGCGCUCACGCUGCUGCAGUACAACGCGCACCUCAAUCUGCCCAACUACAUCCUCCGAGCGAACUCCAGAACCAGGGAAUGGUCGUCUAUGCCGCCGGAGCUGGCGUCGGUGUCUAACGGCACGAAAUACGACGACUCGUACUCCGUGACGGCCGAGUACGCGUCCAAGUACCGCAUACUCGUUACCACGCUGCUGCACGCCGCCAAGUACUGGCCGCGAGGCAAGGAUAAGGGCAAUUUGAACAUAACGCACCUGUUCGUGGACGAGGCGGCGCAGGCGACGGAGCCGGCGACGGUGGUGCCGUUUGGCCUGCUGGCGGCCGGCGCGCGCCUCGUGCUCGCCGGCGACCCCAGACAGCUGGCGCCCGUCGUGCUGUCCAGGGAGGCCGGAGCUAAGGGACUCAAGAAGUCACUUUUGCAUCGCCUGAUGGAAGUCUACCCACAAAUGUACACGAGUGACUCCGAUUAUAUUACCAUGUUGGUGCAGAACUACCGCUCCAAUCCCGACAUAUUAGCAAUACCGAAUGAGUUCUUCUACGACUCUGCUCUUCAAGCCAAAGCAGAACCGGACGACCUGAGCACGACCAGCGUCCUGGGCCUGACCGGUGGCGACCGCGCUGUCGUGUUCCACGCCGUCACCUCCCGGGAACAGAGGAUGGGCGAGGCUCCGAGUUUCUUUAAUACAAAAGAACUGGAAAUGAUUCAAAGAUACACGGAGGCUUUAAUACUAACACAUGGAGUUGCCACGAAGGAUAUUGGCAUCAUUGCCCCAUACAUCCGACAGGUUUAUAAAAUUAAGAAUUGGCUAUCGAGUAAGCAGUACAGAGACGUGGAGGUGGGGACAGUGGAAUCAUUCCAAGGGAAAGAGAAAAGAGUGAUUCUCGUGUCGACCGUGAGAGCCAACUGCAGACUGUUGGACUACGAUGCCAAGUACGAUCUGGGGUUCCUGGUCGACGAUAAGAGGUUCAACGUGACGCUGACCCGGGCGAAGGCGAAGCUCAUUAUAAUCGGCAACCCGACGUGCCUCACCCGCGACCGGAAGUGGCGCAAGUACAUGGAGUUCUGCCGGCAGCUCAACUGCUACCUCGGCUCCGAGACGCAGCAGAUGGAGCGCACCGCGGCCCUGCUAACGGAUGUAGCGCGCACGCGCUUCGACAUAUGUCGCCUCACAAACGAAUUAAAAAUAAAAGACAUUGAUGCGAAUGAAAAUAAUAAAAAGUAAAUGCUUGCC